AAAGCUACUUAGGAACCUCAAUUUACUCAAAAUCAAACAAUUGUUAAGAAAUUUAAGUUAGAAUACCUCUUGAUCAAUGGAUACUUCCAAAGGGCCUUCAGAAGAAGCUAAGAGUGUUGAUGUUUACACAGCCAAAGGUCUCCUUAGUACCGGAUAUCGGUAUCUAGAUGUAAGGACAAAGGAGGAAUUUGAAAAAGGACAUGUUGAAGGUGCUCUUAACAUCCCUUACAUGUUCAUAACUGAAGAAGGGCGAGUGAAGAAUCCUAAUUUCAUUUCACAAGUUCUAGAAGUUUGCAACAAGGAUGAUCACUUGGUUGCGGCUUGCAACAGUGGUGGUAGAGGCAAGAAAGCAACAAUUGAUCUGCAGCAUGAAGGAUUUGAGCAUGUUGCCAAUAUCGAAGGGGGAUACUCAGCCUGGGUAGACGCCGGAUUUGCUGGUGAUAAUGCAGCAAAAUUAGCUUGCAAGUACCGUCCUUGAAAUUUAUUUAUUGCUUUAUUUUGUAUCAAGCCAAGUUUAACUAUUGAUUCUGCUGUGUACCGCGAUUCAAUUUAUAAAUCAUUUGUGUAUGUAUUAACUUAAUCUUGAUGUAAGUUCCCCUGAACACACUUACCAUGUAAGUUUUAACAAUUGCUUUUGUAUGAGCAAGCAUUUUGUGUU